CCACUUGUUCGAAAUUUAUUUUGAAAUAUUGUCCGAUUGUUUCCAGAUAUAGUGCCGAUUAAAAAGCUUGGACAUGGUGCAGGUAUCACUGAGAAGGAUAAGAACGAUGAAAGAAAAUCACUCCCAAAAUCGGCAAUUCUCAAGUACUCGUACAGCCAUACGAACACGUUCGGCAACGAAUAUUAUGGUGGUAGCCGUCUCGCUUUUUCUGUUAUCUCCGACUUUAAACUCGGAUGUGGCUGCCUUUCGAUCAAACACGAUAGGCGCGUCAUCCCAUACGUUGUCGCAACGCAUCUCUUCUAUUAACACCAUCAAUCCUUCGACCUCGUUGUUCAUGGCACCGUCAUCGAACGAGAACAGCAAAAGGCGUAGUGGAAAACCAAAAUCAAAGAACAAGACCAAAAAGAAACCCCCAGCGGAUACAUUGUUAAUUCUAAAAGAACUCGAAGAGAAAAUUGAUUCUUACGAUGGACGAUUGCCAAGCAAAAUGCCAGCCAACAGAGAAACCGGGGACAUAAAUUUGAGCGACAGUCAACACCAACAACAUAGAUGCGGAUUUGUUGGAAUCGUUGGUGCACCAAACAUGGGGAAAAGCACUCUUCUUAAUGCUCUGUUGAAAGAAGAUCUAUGCAUAGCGACUCGACGUCCUCAAACGACAAGGCAUGCUAUCCUGGGGGUUUUGUCGUCGCCAACCAGACAGUGUUGUCUCUUGGAUACUCCCGGUGUCCUACAAGGAGACGGUGCCUACAAAUUGCAGGCCAACAUGAUGGAGGCAGUGAAGGGUGCACUCAAAGAUUCCGAUGUCCUCUUGGUUGUCACAGAUAUGUUUUCUACGCCGAUUCCCAACGACGAAAUUUUUCGUCGCCUAUCGCUAACAAACAAACCCAUACUGGUUGUCGUAAACAAAAUCGAUUUGGAGGGAAGAGCUCAACGACCUCUUGACACAGCGAGUGAUGAAAAGAACAACGACGAAAACGAGGAAGAAGAGAAUGAAAAGACCUACACGGUCGCCGAAGCCGUAGCGAAAUGGAGAAAUUUGUUGCCGAAUGCCUUGGCAAUCAUUCCGAUGACAGCAGCGCCAGACCCCUCUACUACCGAAAGGGCUUCGGAGUCUGAUGUGGAAGAACACCCCGGGAUUGUGCUUUUGAGGCAACUCUUGGUUGGAAGUGGAAAGGACGAAGAGGAUGACAUCCCGGCAUCAGUCCGAGCCUUAGGACGUCCCGUUCCGGGGAUGUUCCGAAAUGGCAUAAAGUGUUUGACAAAUGAUGACGCCAGGAACUUAUUGCCUGUCGGACCUCCUCUUUACGACGAUGAUUUUUUGUCGGAUCGAUCUGUACGAUUUUUUUGUUCGGAACUCAUUCGCGAAGCCUUGCUGGAAAGCCGAUACCUCAAGAAAGAAUUGCCGUACUGCUGCGAAGUCCAAAUCACAGAGUUUAAAGAACCUCGACAGGCCAAGGAGUUAACUCGCAUCGAAGCAACAAUCUUCGUAGAACGGGAUGGACAAAAAGCGAUAGUCGUGGGUAAAAACGGAAACGUAAUCAAACAGGUUGGGAUCAUAGCGCGAGAGAAAAUCGAACGAUUUCUGGAUGGAGAAAAGGUUUUCUUAAAACUGCAGGUCAAAGUUGACAAGGAUUGGAGGAAAAAAGACGAUGCACUGACAAAGUUUGGUUACAGCCGAUAAAUAAAUCAGAUAGUCAAAUACCAUUAGAAACUGA